AUGGAUUUUAUAGUGAAGGUUGAAGAAUCGAGGCCGGCCGCCGACGGGAGGCCAUCUGCGGGGCCUGUGUACAGGAGCAUUUAUGCUAAAGAUGGGCUCAUGGAGUUGCCGGAGGGGUUGGAGUCUCCAUGGCAGUUUCUCAGCGACUCUGCGAAAAAGUAUCCGAACAAUCCAAUGCUUGGUCGGCGUCAAGUCACGGAAACAAAGGUGGGUCCCUAUAUAUGGCUUACAUAUCAAGAGGUUCAUGAUGCAGCCCUUCGAAUGGGUUCAGCCAUCAGGAGCCGCGGUGUCAAUCCUGGAGAUCGUUGUGGUAUAUUCGGAUCAAACUGCCCCCAGUGGCUUACUGCAAUGGAGGCCUGUAAUAGCCAUGCCAUAACGUAUGUUCCGCUGUAUGACACCCUUGGUGCUAAUGCAGUUGAAUUCAUCAUCAAUCAUGCUGAAGUUUCCAUAGCUUUUGUUCAAGAGAACAAGAUCCCUGCUAUUCUGUCAUGCCUUCCAAAUUGCUCUACGCAUUUAAAAACAAUUGUCAGCUUUGCAAAUAUUUCUAGCACGCAAAAGGAGGAAGCUGAAGGACUGGGGGUAUCUUGUUUUUCUUGGGAGGAAUUCUCUCAGUUGGGAAAUUUAGAUUGUGAACUACCUCCAAAACAGAGGACUGACAUUUGCACUAUAAUGUACACAAGUGGAACAACUGGAGAACCAAAAGGUGUUAUUAUUACUAAUGGAGCAAUUAUGGCAGAAGUAUUGUCUGUGGAGCAAAUACUUUUUCUAACAGAUAAAGUGGAUAUCAGAUUUCUAUUGGAGGACCUUCAGGAACUAAGGCCUACUAUGUUUUGUGGGGUCCCUAGAGUGUAUGAUCGCAUAUACACUGGUGUUGUCAAUAAAGUUUCAUCGGGUGGUGCAUUGAGGAAGACACUGUUCCAAUAUGCUUAUAACUACAAGUUGGCAAAUCUGGAGAAGGGUCUGCCACAAGAAAAAGCAGCACCUCUCUUGGACAAGCUUGUCUUUGAUAAGAUAAAGCAAGCAUUAGGGGGACGAGUUCGUAUACUGUUGUCUGGUGCUGCACCUUUGCCUAGGCAUGUGGAGGAAUUUUUAGGGUCACCGCCUGCAGUACUUUAUCACAAGGAUAUGGUAUGGUUGGAUGAAUAUUUGCUAAGCCUCACUGAAAGCUGUGGUGGAUGUCUUACGUCUAUUGGCAAUGUUUUUCCUAUGAUGGGAACUGUGGGUGUUCCCAUGACAACUAUUGAAACAAGGCUUGAGUCAGUGCCAGAAAUGGGAUAUGAUGCACUUUCCAGUGUGCCACGCGGAGAGAUUUGCCUGAGAGGAAAAUCCUUGUUUUCUGGUUACCACAAGCAACAAGAUCUGACAGAGGAAGUCCUUGUUGAUGGGUGGUUUCAUACUGGUGACAUUGGAGAAUUUCAGCCUAAUGGAGCAAUGAAAAUCAUAGAUAGGAAAAAGAAUAUAUUUAAACUGUCGCAAGGUGAAUAUGUUGCUGUGGAAAACAUUGAAAGCAAAUACCUGCAAUGCCCUCUUAUCACAUCGAUUUGGGUUUAUGGGAACAGCUUUGAGUCGUUUCUUGUUGCUGUGGUGGUCCCUGACAGAAAGGCAUUGGAGGAUUGGGCAGCAGAGUAUAAUUUGACCGAUGAUUUCAAAUCAUUAUGUCAAAACCUGAAGGCAAGAAAGUACAUUUUGGAUGAGCUCAAUAGUGUUGGUCAGAAGCAGCAACUUCGAGGUUUUGAGCUGUUAAAAGCAGUUCACUUGGAACCAAAUCCCUUUGACAUGGAGAGGGAUCUCAUAACUCCAACAUUCAAACUGAAGAGACCACAGCUACUUAAAUAUUACAAGGUAGGCCUCCUGCUCUCUCUUUCUAGUAUUUUCUUAAAUCUCCUCACUGUAACUCUGUGCCUUCCUUUUUCAAGCACCUGGUAA